AUUAUAAACGUGAAUACUGCGAGACAACGGGAUAUACGGUGUAAGACCUAUGUAUUGACCCUUCGAUCUCAUACAGCUUAGUCUAAGCUUACUUGGUUCCUCGAUCCUCAACUCUUGUUGAAUUGAGUCAGGCUUGUAUCCUCCAAGAGAACAACACAGUCAAUUGUUCCAAAUUAGCAAUACAUUGUACAAGGUAUAACAAUUACGUUACAAGGAGCGAGUAAUUACUUUAUAGGCGAAAAUAGGUUCCGAUAACAUUUCCAUUAUUGUCGCGAUGAGGGUAUACACAGAGUCCCAGAGACGAAGGAGCAUGUCUUUGUCGUGUAUUCGUGAAAAUAUCCUGCUUUGUCAGCCCAGACAACAAUUUGUUCUCGAUCGCCGACGCGGUAACACCCUGGCCCAUACCUUAUUAAAUUCACUAGUCUUGCAUCCGCGAAGUUGUGUAAAAUGGCGAUUUGAACUUAUGAAACCCGAUCUUAAGCACACUAUAUUGCCUUGUUGUCAUAAUCAUGGAGCCCUUAUUCUUGAAACCUGGUCCAUACGACUUUGAGGAACAGUAUCAAGAACAAUUGAGAAUUGCGAAACAUUUAAAAGAACAUUUCGAAGAGAACCCGAAUUAUGCUUACGAGGAAAUUAUAGGGGUUGGGCGAAACAGCCUGGGAGCCCUUGUGAGAGAUCGCAAGAGCAAAAAUAAGCGCAGACUCCUUGUCAAGAGAGCAUUCAACACGCUAGGCGAAGAGCAGAUUACAAGGGAAAUCCAACAUUUCACUACUUUUGGGGGUUUGGAGCACAUUGUUACCAUGGUUGCGCACGCCGAACAACCUACCACUUCUGAAAAGAAAGGCCCUGUAGGACAGUUUUUCGACAAUCUCAAGUCUUCAAAUUUUAUCAGAAAGCGCCGCGACCCGAGGAGGAUAAGAUCAAAGUUGAAAUUCAAACCUCACGUAUUUGGGGAACCAUUCUUGGUGCUAGAGUAUUUAGAGAACGGGACUCUCACGAGAUUGAUAAGAAGAUGUAUUCAUUAUCAAGUAAAUGCGCCAAAUCGUGUUCUGUGGGCCAUCUUCCUUUGCUUGAUAAGAGCAUGUGUCGCGAUGGCUUAUCCAGGUCAUGUUCUGCGAGCGAAAGCAGGAGAAAAGCCUAGACUGGAGGAGAUACCGACCAACUACACCGGACCACCGGGUGGUUUAGCCCAUCAAGAUCUGAAUCCCGGGAAAGUCAUGUUUGGGAGCCCGGACCAGGAACAAUCAGAACAUAACAUAGUGCCUGCAUUAAAAUUCAUUGACAUGCAGACGGCGAACGAACUAUACGGCGGGACCGGCGUAGAUUAUAAUCUAUUUGACAUAUCUGUGUUGAUGUAUUGCAUGAUAAUCGCAAAUGAAGACGCAGGUCCCUUAGAGCAAUAUGCGGAACACAAGAGCUUCCAUACUAUGGCGAUCGAGAUCGCAUUAGGGGGUAACGGUGAGAAUUACCAAUGGCUAGACCCGGAACUAAGGGAUAUUAUAUGCCAAUGUAUGGCCGGCCAACAGAAUUACCGACCGUCCCUGAGAGAGCUGCUCUACGUCGCACAGCGCGCGGUUCAAACCAAAACUUCCGAAGCCUUCCCGUUCGGUCAGAGAGUUAACGAAACAGACCAAGCCAUCAAAAUGUGGCUACAACAUGUAAUAUAUGAUGCGCAAACGCAACCAGGGCCUGGUGAUGAGAUGGAUAUAGAUUAUGAGGGCAAGGGCAAGGGAAGAGCUAGAGAUGAGCACGAGACUCGGCUACAACAAGAAUACUAUCAGGCGACAGGAGCGCCUACUGUGAGGGAGAGGUUUUUAAAAGAUAUAAGGAGAAUGGAAGAAGAACAAAAUAAUAACAAGUGAUUACUUGGUA